UCCUUGGCAGCUUCUGAUAUGCUUGUUGCAAUAAUUGUUAUGCCUUUACAUGUUGUUAAAUUUUUGGCUGAUGGUCAUUGGCUUCUCGGAGUUACAAUCUGUCAAUUAUUUACAACAGCAGACAUUUUAUUGUGUACAUCCUCAAUCCUAAAUUUGUGUGCAAUAGCAAUUGAUAGAUAUAGGGCAAUACACGAUCCGAUUGGCUAUGCACAAAAAAGAUCUUUAAAAUUAGUUGGAGGAACUAUUGUUUUGGUUUGGGUUUUGAGUGUAGUUAUUUCUGUCCCUCCAUUAAUUGGUUGGAAUGAUUGGACUUCACAAACUUUGGUAGAUCAUUGUGAAUUAACUACAGAAAAAGCUUUUGUUGUUUAUUCUGCUUGUGGUUCUUUUUUCUUUCCUCUUGCUGUUAUGGUGGUUGUUUAUGUUAAAAUAUUUUUGAAUGCUAGACAAAGAAUUAGGAAAAAUAGAGGAAGAAGCGCCCUUUUCAAAAUGGCUGAAGAGGCAGGAAAUAGAUCACAGAGAGCGCCAGUUGCCGCUGCCUCAGUUAUUGCAUUAGCUAGUGCAACAGGAGCACAAAUAUUUAGAAAAAGUAAAAGAAAGAAGGAAAUAAUUAUUAAAGAAAGGAUAUCUUCUUCUUCUUUGAGAGGAACUUCUUCGGCAACAAAUAGUUCUGUUGGAGGUGGACAUGAUGGAAAUAUUAAAAGGGGAAGUAUAAAUAAUGUUGGAAACGGAGUGGGAGGAGGAGGAGGCGGAAUUGAUGCUUUGUUGGCACAAAAUAAUGCCACAAAUAAUUUAAUAAAGAAUGGAGGCACUAGCUUCUUUCCAUUACCCUCAACAUUAGAAAAACGUUAUUCAUUAUCAAUUAAUUUGCCUUUACCUAUAAAUAAUUUAAUGACAGCAACAAGUUUAGAUGGAAUUAAACAAAGUGCUGAUUUAUUAAAAGAAGAAAAUCAAAAAGAAAAAGAUCCUUUAAUGAUAGUAGAAAAUGGUGGGGGGAAUUUAUUGCCAGAAUCUAAAGCAACAGAAACUGUUGAAUUAAAAACACAUUUAAAAGAACGGGAAAAGAUAAGUGUUGCAAAAGAGAAAAGAGCGGCCAAAACAAUUGCAGUAAUUAUUUUUGUUUUUACUUUUUGUUGGUUACCUUUCUUUUGCACUUAUGUAAUAAUGCCUUUCUGUUCUGGAUGUUAUUUACAUCCAAAGGUUCACCAAGCAUUUGUUUGGCUCGGUUAUAUAAAUAGUUCUUUAAAUCCUUUCCUUUAUGGAAUUCUUAAUUUGGAAUUUCGACGAGCUUUUAGAAAAAUACUUUGCCCAAAAAGAGUACAGAAUGCCCAAAGAAGAAAAAUGUCUGCACCUUUAAUUGAGUCAAAAAGAAAAAAGUCUUUAAUUGCUGCACAAAAAUAA